AUGCCUAACUCUACGGCCUUCUUUGAUGUCGAGUACAACGGGGUGACCAAGCGUAUCAACUUCAAUCUCUUCGACGACCAAGUCCCCAAAACUGCCCGCAACUUUCGUGAGCUCUGCACCGGUGUAAAUGGCUUUGGCUAUGCAGGCUCUACCUUCCACCGUGUGAUUCCCCAAUUCAUGCUCCAGGGUGGUGAUUUCACCCGCCACAAUGGCACUGGUGGUAAAUCCAUCUACGGUGAAAAAUUCGAUGAUGAGAACUUCACCCUCAAGCACGACAAGCCUGGUCUCCUCUCUAUGGCGAACGCUGGCCCCAAUACCAACGGCUCUCAGUUCUUUAUCACCACCGUUGUGACCUCGUGGCUCAAUGGCAAGCACGUCGUUUUCGGUGAGGUUGCCGACGCUGACUCCUUCAACGUUGUCAAGGAAAUCGAGGCUCUCGGCUCGAGCAGCGGCAAGCCCAAGUCCCCGAUAAAGAUCGUUGGAGCUGGUGGUCAAUAA